GAAACUUCUUUUUCCUGCUCCACCAUGGUGGUGUAUGCUAAUGCACUAUUGGGGUUCCUGGCUUUUCUCUGUUUCCAGCUUCCUUUGAUAUUGGCAGAUUGCCCCUUAGAUUUGAGUGGAUCAAAUUUUACCCUUGUGUCUUCUUUAUGCUCUAAUAAAAAUGAAAGAGGAAAGUGCUGCCGCUACAUGAAUGCUUUCGUUGCAUUUUCUGUUGCUCGAUAUGCAAAUGUGACGAGUGAACUAGGUGUUUCAUCGGAAUUGUCCAACAUCUGCAUCCAGUCCAUAUUGCAAACCAUGGAACUACACGGAGUGCCACGGAAUGCCGCCAUUUUCUGCGGGUUUGGUACAAAAAUUCCUGUUAGGUAUGACUGCAGGGGGCGAACAACUGUGACACAGAUGCUCGAGUCUCCAAAAUUUACUGAAGUCACAGAGAACUGCAAACUGUCACUUUCGCAGGAAAAUGAUUGCCGAAAAUGUUUAAAUGCCGGCAUUGUCUACCUUCAUCAUCUAGUUGGAUCUGAAAUUAAUAUGACAUUGAGUACUUGCCGAGAUGCAACAUUUGCUGCACUAGCAAGCCAAGUUGACAACACUUCAGCUGCCGAAUUCGCAUCUUGCUUUUUCCAAGUUCAGGGAUUUAAUAUCCCACCAGUUUCGGAUUCAUCUCCAUCUCCACCUGCCCCGAAGGUUUCUCCUAGUCCAUUGGUUGCUGCUAGUCCAAGUCAGCUCGUGUUGGGAGUACCUCAAAAACAAAACCGCCAUACUUACCACCUAACAAUUAUUCCGGGCAUUGGCAUAGCAGUUACGGUAGCUGCUGUGAUGAUGCUUAUAGUAUUGAUAGUUAUGAUUCGUAGGAAAAAGAGAGAGUUGGAAGAUUCUGAGAGUGUGGAUAAAAACUCUUCAAAGCUCUUUCCUUCUCCACGGCCCAUGCGAAAAUUUCAGGAAGGUACUUCUUCGACGUUUCGAAAAUAUAGCUACAAGGAAACAAAAAAGGCAACUGAGAAGUUUAACACAGUCAUUGGACACGGAGGGUUUGGGACGGUAUACAGGGCUCAAUUUUGCGAUGGCUCUGUGAUAGCUGUGAAGCAGAUGGACAGGGUUUCAGAGCAGGCAGAAGAUGAAUUUUGCAGAGAAAUAGAACUUCUUGCUCGACUACACCAUCGUCAUUUAGUUUCUCUAAGAGGAUUUUGCAUCGAGAAGCGUAAGAGGUUUCUAAUGUACGAAUACAUGCCAAAUGGAAGCCUAAAGGAUCAUCUUCAUUCCCCAGGACAAACCCCACUGAGUUGGCAGACCAGAAUACAAAUUGCCAUUGAUGUCGCUAAUGCUUUGGAGUACCUUCAUUUUUAUUGCAAUCCACCUCUGUGCCACAGGGACAUCAAAUCGAGCAACAUUUUAUUGGAUGAGAAUUUUGUUGCAAAGGUUGCGGAUUUUGGGCUUGCACAUGCUUCAAAAGAUGGUUCUAUAUGCUUUGAACCUGUAAAUACCGACAUCCGUGGAACCCCAGGUUAUAUGGAUCCCGAAUAUGUGCUCACUCAUGAGCUCACGGAUAAAAGUGACGUAUACAGCUACGGUGUGUUACUUUUGGAGAUAGUGUCUGCAAGACGAGCUGUACAUGAUGGCAAGAACUUAGUAGAAUCGUCGCAGAUACUGAUGGCAUCAGAGUCAAGGCUACAAGACCUAGUGGACCCCCAAAUUAAGGACUCCUUUGACUUAGACCAACUACAUACAGUUGUAACUAUUGUGAGAUGGUGCACCCAGAGGGAAGGGCGAGCUAGACCAUCAAUUAAACAGGUCCUUCGACUUCUUUACGAGAGCUCAGAUCCAAUGCAUAGUGGGUUUAUACAAGCUGUUGAAGACGAAGAUUAUGAAGGUAGUGAUGGAAGAGGAAGAACAAGCAGAGGCAAAAUUCCUAGGAGUGGACCGUAUUAUCACAGUGGGGAUGGAAGGCAUCUUGCUUCAUCUUCGAGUACAUCAAGGUCAUAUUGUAGUAGAAGCUUUUUGUUCGAAACUGGAUCACCGCAAUCUCCUCAUAACAUGCUCUCUCUUUGACGCCAAUCAUAGGAGACAGUGUCCUUGAUUCAUUUAAGCUAUGGUUGAGUUUGAGAU